AAAAAGUUUAUACCCAGUUUUGUUAAUUCCGAAAAUAAAAAACUUUUUCGUAGGUGAUUAAAAACCCUAGAAAUCUCUGGUUCUCAGAGCUGUGGAAUUGAAAUUUGAAGAAGAGAGGAAACUCUAAGUUUGUGAGUAGCAAUGGCGUCGUUUGAGGAAGCUCCACCUGGGGAUGCGAAAGUUGGAGAGAAGAUUUUCAAGACUAAGUGUGCUCAGUGCCACACGGUCGACAAGGGUGCUGGACACAAGCAAGGACCCAAUUUGAAUGGCCUGUUUGGAAGACAGUCUGGGACAACUGCUGGGUACUCGUACUCUACUGCUAACAAGAACAUGGCUGUGAUUUGGGAAGAGAAGGCGCUUUAUGACUACUUGCUUAACCCUAAGAAGUACAUCCCGGGCACAAAGAUGGUUUUCCCUGGACUGAAGAAGCCACAGGAACGUGCUGAUCUCAUUGCAUAUCUCAAGCAAUCCACAGCAUCCUGAUGUGUGUCUAGGAGAGCUAGUUCCAUUCAUUUUGCGGCAAUUAAAGGGUGUCUUGUUGCAGAGACGGAUAUGAAACUAUAAUUUUUUUCUUCCAGAAUAAGAUCACCAGUGUGUGCUCUAUGGUGUUUCUUCCUAAAUAGUAGAGUAGGGGGGUACAUUACCUCUUUUGGAAGGAGGGCACUGCCACCGGUUUGCUAUAAAAAUUCAAUAUGAAAUUGUACCUCAUUCUUAAAUGAUUCUCAUACCCUAGAAGACUAGCACUUCAAUGAUAAUUUGCUGAUGUUGCUUAA